AUGCCUCACACUGGUGGCAUCAACGUCGGCAAUAUGCCAAACUUUCUAUCAAACAGCAUGAACACUGUCAAUUCAUCUUACAAUUCCAAAAUUCCAAGCGUCAGUACCACAGAGAUCCCUGCGCCUAUGCAAACCACACUACAGGAAAAGACAACGCCAUCACUAUCGCAGCGAUGCAUGGACCAGGCUAGGCCUCUUAAGGUCAUCUACAUCGGCGGUGGCAUUUCGGGUAUCUGUGGUGCCAUCGAGUUCCGCAAGCAAGUGCCUGAUGUAGAUCUGGUUAUCUACGAGAAAAACCCUGACCUUGGUGGAACAUGGUUCGAAAACAGAUAUCCCGGCUGCGCAUGUGAUGUUCCGGCGCACGCUUACCAGUUAACCUACGAGUCCUCACCAAGAUGGAGUUCCUUCUUCGCAUCAGCACCCGAGAUCCUUCAAUAUUGGAAGGAUGUUGCCACCAAAUACGACGUCAGGAAGCACAUGCGCUUCCAACAGAAGUGCAUUGGUGCACGAUGGAGUGAAACGACUAACAAGUGGUAUGUGCAGCUCAAGAACCUGGCCACAGGCGAGGAGUACCAAGACUCUGCCGAUGUUCUUGUGACAGGAGAAGGCGUCCUCAAUGAGUGGAAGUGGCCAGAGAUAGAGGGCAUUGAGUCGUUCAAGGGCCAUCUCCUGCAUAGUGCCAAUUGGGAUCCUCAAAUCGACUUGAAAGACAAAUCUGUCGCCGUCAUUGGAUCCGGUAGCAGCGGUCUUCAAAUCGUGCCUGCGUUGUUACCCGAUGUCAAGCACAUGGACCACUACGUCCGUGGUCGCUCUUGGAUCGUGGGACUUUUCGGAGAUCCAGAGACACGGCAGAGAAUCCAACAAGCAGGCGGGAACUUCAACUACACUGCCGACGAGGUGAAGAAGUGGGAGACAGAUCGCGAAGCAUACCUUGCAUACAGACGAGCCAUCGAGUACAACAUCAACAAGAACUUUGGAGUUCUCUUCUGUGGAUCCAAGGAACAGACCAACCUUCGCCAACUAGCUCAAGACUCGAUGAUGCAGAGACUCAAAGACAAGCCGGAAAUCUACGAUCAUUUGUUGCCCGAGUUUUCACCUUACUGCAAGCGCAUGUCACCUGGGCCAGGAUACCUGGAGGCUUUGGCAUCUCCCAAGGUUAACACUAUCACCAGCGGUAUCGCCAAGAUUGACGCGACAGGUGUUUAUACUACAGAUGGAGAACAUCACCCUGUUGAUGCUAUCGUUUGCGCGACUGGCUUCCAGACCUCUCCUGCCAGCAGAAGUUUCCCCAUUUACGGUGUCAACGGCGUGAAUCUACGAGAACGCUUUCAGAAACGUCCUGAAACAUACCUGAGUGUUUGCACAGACGGAUUUCCCAACUUCUUCCAGUCCAUGGGCCCCAAUUCGAUGCCUGGAGCCGGCAGUCUUUUGCUCGUCAUCGAAAAGACAAAUCUCUACAUCGGCAAGAUCCUAUCGCGCAUGGCCUACGACAACAUCGCCCGCAUUGAACCCAAGCGCAACAUGGUCCAGGCUUUUACAAACUACUGCGACGAAUUCUUCAAACAAACUGUGUUUGCAGAAGAGUGCAAUUCUUGGUACAAGACGUACGAACAGGGUGCGUCUCGUGAGGAGCAAAAGAGAGGUCGCAUAACAGCUUUGUGGCCUGGAAGUAGUCUACACUGCGUUCGCACAAUGAGUAAUCCUCGUUGGGAGGAUUUUGAGUACAAAUACUACGAUGAUAAUGAGUUUGGUUGGUUUGGGAAUGGAUGGACGUUGGCGGAGAAGUACGUGACAGAGGAGUUGGAGUCGUUAACUUGGUAUCUGAAUGAUACCAAGAUUAUGGACAAAGUUGGGAAAGAGAACAAAUUGUAG